CGGAGAAAAAGUCGAAUUCUAUUUGAGUUGCUUGUCUGAGAAGAGGUGCAGUGUGGUUUAAGUCUUACGUUUGUGAUAAGCUAAGGUAAGAAUAUUAGCUGCAAAGUCAUUCUUAAGCAGAAUCAUGUCCGGGAAUCAUGUAUACUUGAUAAUAAGUCAUGGUUGAAAGUUCUAUUGCCUUACAAUGUGUUUUUGCUGAACAUUAUGCAACCCUGCGCAAUGCCCUUCGUCUUUGCCGCCAUAGUAUGAUUUGAGACGUUCAUUAAAGAGAGUUAAAGAAUAUAAAUAUCGUCUCAUGGCGCCUUCAGGAAACCAAAAGUGAUUUAAAGUGACUAAACGUCUUGCAGACAGCUGCAACUGCUCGGAGAUCCGAUUGCUAUCCGCGCUACAUGUAGUAGCUUUUCUGUUGUCCCUAGCAAAUUGAUAAAAAUUCGUUCCCUUUACGUUUUGAUAUUUUGAGGACUUCUCGCACCAGAAAAUGACAUUUGCAGCGUAUACAACUGUACAGUCCUUUAUUCUAUUACUUAAGGUAUUUUACAAUUUCUCGACAACGCCUAGAUAUUUAUGGCCUAUAUCAGGUGCGUCAGCCACGUUUAUAGCGGAGACUGUUUGGCAAGUAGGCGAGCCCCUUUCUCAUAUAAACCUGAAAAUUUUAUCAGGCCAAGAAAGUGAAAAAGCGCUCCAUUCUGGCUAACUUAGACUGUUCACAUUCCCUAAGAUCGUCGAGACCGAACUUGUUGUAACCGGCCGACACGGUUGGUUUCACUAAUGUGGCCGCACAAUUCACUACUGUAAUUCCAUAUUCAUUCACAUCACGAAUAUAUUCAUUCGCAUUCAGCAACUACUUUGCCAUUCAACAUGUACACAAAUUCACAUUCAACGACAUAAUUCUCAGUUACGAAUACAGUCGAACCUAUGUUAAGCGACACUGUAUUAAGCGGUCACCCUCUAUUAAGCGGUCAGUUUUCAAAGUCCCGAAAAUUGCUUCCCUUGAUCUACUGUUUUUUCGACCUCUAUAAGUGGUCACCUCUCAGCGGUUGCGGUCACCAUUUGCGAAGUCCCAAAGGAACUUUUUCUAUUGUCGUGACCUGUAUUAAACAGUCACACGGUGUCAAUUACUUGCUCAUAUAGUUUCAAGUAAUGUAACACACGAGGUACAACAAAUGAUUUCCUUUUUUAUUUUCGUAAAUCAUUAAAACGCCGGAAAGGAAUGUUUCUGUUUGAGGUCAAACGUCUGAUCUGAUCAGCUCUGGUGAUCGAAAUCUUUGAAUUGUAUUAUUACCUGUAUUAUUAUAAAGCGGUCACAUUUGCAACAUAUCUUUAUUCACAUUCAAGGUCAAAAUUGCCGCAAUAUUCAUUCAAUAUUUUGUUGUUUUUAAAAAAUAUUCCUUCAUUAGUACACAGGCGACCCAAACUCACGUGACAAUGUGCGAGCCAGCAAGCCAUGCAAGUCAGGCGAACCAUCGGUAAAAAUAAUGUUAAGAAGUGAACACUGCAAAUUUACAGAUGAGGAGUUGAGCACUCAUGAUACUGAUUAGGGUUACUUUUAGCACUCGGGUUAAGCUUUCAUUUUACGGAUUAGGGUUAAGCAAUGCUUAGAGUUAAACACUUAUUUACAACGUUAGCUUUCAGUUAAUGUUUACCGUAUUACUGUUUUUGGUUUGUUUUUGUAUUAUUUUUGAUGAGUCUUCAAUGGACUGCAUUGCUCGGUGCCAUGGCUCGCUGGCUCGCAUUUUAUACACACAAUUAACAAUUGUUGGACGAGGUUGAGCAAAACAUCGUGAUUUGUCUGUGGCGAGCAGAACUAUUAUUUGCCGAAGCCGAAGGCUGAGGCAAAUAAUUGAUCUGCGAGACACUGACAAAUCACGGUAUUUUGCGAUAACCGAAUUCAAUGACUGUUUUAUCAUUCGCUCACCGAGUUUGUAUUUUUAAUGAAUAUCCUUGGGAAGCCAAGCGAUCUGCCAUUUUCACGCAAGAGGGAUCGCAAGAAGGAGAUCUAGAAAAGCACGGUUUCCUUUACGCAUGAGCAAAAUAUUGUUUGCAGCCAAACACUUUGGACGGCUUUGCGCAUGAGCAGACCAUUAUUUAUAGGCAGUUAUUUGUAGGUCACGUGGUGGGCUCUCGGCCAAUGAAAAGAAAGAAAAAUUUGCUUCGAAGUCUACCUGGCGACCGUUGAAAAUAGGAGACUUUGACUGAGAUCUGUGAACGCUAAAUAAACAACGAUAAAUCCAAUUCUUCCUUCAAAGAAAUGAAUAAAAAAUACUUGCCUGCGAUGCAUUCCACUAAGAAGACAGUGACAUUUAGGAAAACUAAAGGCGUCGACCUGGCUGAUCAAGGGAUGUGUGCGCUAGUUCAUCCUUUGCUGAAGAAGCUUGGACUAGACUUGGUUUUUCAGAGUGUUAGUCAGUCAACAAUCUGCAGUACAUCUCUAAGCUCGUCAAAAAGGCUGUAUUUCAGUGAAAAGGAACGAGCACAUGGUCGUCAAUGUAAUCUAUCCUGACUUGCAAUCGUCCCAUCGUCAAUAUCACAGCACUGAAACGGCCUUGCUGAAAGUUAUGAACGACGUCCUCUUGAAGAUGAACUUGCAACAUGUGACCCUUAUGGUCUUGUUGGAUCGAAGCGCAGCAUUUGACACAGUUGAUCAUAAUACCUUGUUGGAGCGACUGCGCAGGGAUGUUGGCAUACGUGGGAAAGUGCUUGACUGGUUCAGCUCAUAUCUGUCGAAUCGGAGCCAGCACGUCUCCAUCGAUGGGUCGCCUACUAGACAGUUCCCGCUUGACUGUGGCGUACCUUAGGGUUCUUGUCUGGGACCCUUGCUGCUCGUCAUUUACACUUCCUUGCUGUUUAAAGUUAUCGAGCAUCACCUCCCGCAUGUUCACUGUAUCACGGACGACACGCAGCUGUACCUCAGUUUCAGAGCAGAUGACGAUAACGCACAAGAUGAGGCGCUAUAGGGGAGUGCAAACGUGACUUAUAGAAAUGGCUGAUUGAUGGAAGGUUGCCACUAAAUGAUGAUAAAACUGAAACUUCUAUUCGUCUCGACUAGAUAGUAGCUCAAUAAACUCGGCCCCUUGAGUCUGCAAGUUGAUGAUCAUAAUAUUGAUCUUUCGUGAAAUGUUGGAAACAAUUCACUAUUAACUAAAUAUGUAAAGCCUGUUUCUAUCAUAUUUAUAAUAUCCGUCGAAUUUCAAAAUUUUUGUCAAAGGAAUGCCUUCAGUCCAUGUUUUUGUGACCUCAAGACUAGAUUAGUGUAUGGGCUACCCAAAUAUCAGAUUUGUAAGCUACAACGUGUCCAGAACACCGCGGCCUUCCCGCGCAUAUCUGUGAUAUCGGAUCACUGUGCGCUUUUAAGGGACGUGAAUGUGACGUGAAUUGGCUUGUAAAUGGAAAGUUCUAAACAUUCUUCAUUUGCGUCCAACAAACAUAAUAUAUCGUCAUUAAACCUUUUCCAUAUCAGCAGUGUGUUAGUAAUUUGCCCCAGUUAGGAUCUCCUUUUCUAGUUUUGCCACAAAAGUAUUGGCAAAGGCUACGGCCAUUUUACCGACCCAUGGCUUUACCGAGUGUCUGGAGAUAAUGUUGGCCAUUAAAAUGGAUGGAGUUCUUUUUCAGGAUAAGGUUCUUUAUUUCUCUAAGAAAAUGUGUAGCUAUAGGAGGAUUUCUUUCAUGGAAAUCUUUGUAUGUUUGACAUACUAAAUCCCUUCCUCUUGUGGAAUGUUUGAGUAUUGCCCAGGGGUACUCCUUAUGAUGGCCUAUACGGAGAGGCUCCACCCGAAAGGGGUACCUUUUUAAGGCUUAGGUAUAUAAAAAGGGUAGGGAUUUCAUUAUAUCGUAAAUUUUCUUGUUCUUUGGCCACCCUAGUUGAAGUAUAUAAAAAGUUAGGGAAAUCUGUCAUUUCGGUCUAUUCAAAGGCCUAAAAGGGCUGACAGAUUAUUUUAUGGCUGUGGAAUAGUCGAAAAAACGUUCUGCUUUUGUGAUUGUUUAUUCAUAUCUUAAAGACAGUACAUUUACAGAAGUUAAAUGGCUGAAAAGGUAUAAACUAGGUAUGUGAAAAUGGUAUCGUUCUUCAAUAGAAGGUGUUCGAAAGGGGUACCUUCUCCGUCAAAAUAGUAUAUAAAAGGAAGAGGGUAAGGGGUCGGACCACUGGGCGGAGCCUCCCCGUAUACACUGGAACCUUGAUAUAACGAAGUGCCAAGGGACUGGCAAAAUUUGUUGGCUACAACGAGGUUUCGUUAUUUCGAGGUAUUAUUCCAUAUAUUUUUCUAUUACUCGGGGAAAAAAUCGUUCGUUAUACCGAGGACUUCGUUAUAUAAAGGUUCGUUAUAUCGAGGUUCCACUGUAUUUUUUAGUAUCCCCCGGGGUGCAUAGGCUAGUGAAGUCCACUGAGACAAGAAAAACGUUGUUUGGUAUCCUUGUGUCUUCAAAAACACUUGUUUCCAGAAUGUAGAGCAGGGGUGCGUACAAAAUGUUGAAUGAAUAUAGCAACAGUGUUGAAUAAAAAUUUUGACCUUGCAUGUGAAUGAAUAUAUUCAUGAAAAAGAAUUAAAUCGUUCAAUGUGAAGAAAUAUGGAAUUUUGCACAUUAACAAAUGUUGAAUGAAUAUAGCAACAGUGUUAAUAAAAAUUUUGACUUUGCAUGUGAAUGAAUAUUUUAACCGCAGCAGGAUUAAGUCAGUCGGCAGAGCGCUUGACUGCAGAGCGCGAGGUCGCGGGUUAAAUUCCCGGGGCCGGACCAACAACUCAGGGUCUUAAGAUAACUGAGAAAUGAAGGUACUCCUUUGCACUGCAAGAGGCUUGACCUUCGCGUGGCUCGGAUGACCACGUAAAAUGGCGGUCCUGUCCCCAGUUAGUGCUUCCGUGCUAAAUACAAUGACAAUCAUUAUUACAGAUGAUUUAUUACAUCUUUAGGUCUUGAAAAAUGUAAAAAGGAAUGCAAUAUGUUUUAAAUUAUUGUGGUACAAGAUUUUUGUCCACUGAAAAUUAAAAUUACUCAAUUUCAUGGUGGAUUCCGUCUUAGUGUCUUUAUAUCUGAUAAAGACAACCCCAAAUUUAAAUUUUUGUGCAAGAAUGAGUCGAUCUAUAUCAGAGAUUUUGAAGCCGUUCAAAAACCUCGCAGUCGUGUAUUAUCAGGAGUAAAAACUCCACUCCUGCUCGUUUUUAAACAGUACUUAAAACACACUUACUUUUCAUGACAUAUUUUCCUUAUCAGCGACCAUUAACAUUGCGACUGUGGAAAAUUAAAGUACACUCUCGUGUUCAAAUUACCCCCCAAAAAAACUUUGCCAAAGGUUACAGCCCCGCAUCCACAAGAACUUUGCUUCUUUGCCUCCACUCCCACCCACUCCCCCCGGAACAGAAAGCAGUCAACGGCUCGAGAUGGGGCGGGUGGCUGUUGAAUUUUGAAUUGAUCAGCGCAUUGAUUAGAUCUGGGCACUUAAUUCAGCCAACUUGGAUUAUGCAGUGGAUGUUAUUUCUUAUCAAGAUUUGUCAAUAUUGCUCCUAGAUCAUUAUGGAGGCUGAGCAUAACCCAACAGAAUAUCAUAAAUUGGAGGCAGAAGUUACAAAAGAAUUGAGCGAAAUGAAAAGAUUUGCCUCGAUGGAAGAAAGGCAGGACAGUGGAGUGUUACCUCUGGAUAUCAUUUCCACUCUUUGUCAUGGUAAUACCAAUAUAUUGGGAGUAUGAUUAAAAUUCCAGACUUUUUUCUGGAGCAGAAAUGGCAUUUCCGCAUCUAAUGAAAACGUCUGUAUUGCCGGGGCUUCGACUGGAUUGUCCACAGUCUCCUACGCAGACGUCAUGUAUUUGAGGGCAAUUUUCCAAGUACAAGGCCCCUGAGGGCUUAUAUUUGGAGGGGCGAUUUAACGGAGGGUUUUUUGGGUUACCGGAUUGGGGGGCUUAUAUUUGGAGGGGCUUAUACAUGGAGGGGCUUAUUUUCGGAAUUUUACGGUAUUUCCUUAGGAAAAUACCAGACCUACUGGAGAGGAGUAUCGCUUAUGAAAGAUCCGUUGGACCUAACGAUACUCCAGCAGUUGCUAUGGGAACUAAAGCCACGAACUGUUAUUGAGUUUGGCGCCUAUAAAGGAGGUUCAGCUUUGUGGCUAGCGGACAUGAUGAAGAUGUACGGUUGUCAGUCUCGUAUCAUAUCUACUGACAUCGAUCUUUCCUUACUUGAUGCUGAAGCUAAAAAGUCUAAGGAUGUCGAGUUUAUUCAAGGCGACUCGUCUAAUAUUGAACAGUUUUUCCCUGACGAAUUUCUCAAGGUAAGGUAAUAAAAUUUUAAUAAAAGGGCAUUUAAAACGCAGGGUUGUUUUACGUUUUGCUAAAUGUUUUACUGUUAUCAUCUGCACUCACUCAAAAUUUCUGAUCAAUUUUUUUUUCGGUUGUCUUAUUUUAGGACGUUUGGAAAAAGUUAAGGGGCGCUAUUUCUAGAACCAAACAACAACAGCAAAAAAAUUAAACGUUAUUUAGAGAAAGUGAUACUUAUCAGUUUCAGUAAUUGACAAACCUGUGGCCCUAUUGUUGUCCCCAGCUAAUUAGUCACGCUUUCCAGAGCGAAUUAUAAUUUAUAAUGUUGCUUUUAAGGAGGAAGGGCAGUAACCAAAGUAGCUGGAUAAUAUUCCCUGGGAGCAGAGAAGAGAAUUAAAAACAACGCCCACCCACAUAUGACGUCGACUCUAACCCUAGCCUCCCACGCAGACGUUCUUAAGGAUUCGUCACGCGUUCCUGCCCCACGCGUGACGAACCCCUAAGAACGUCUGCGUGGGAGGCUACUCGAACCCAGGCUUCAUUAGUCAGGGAAGCGAGAGUUCUUAACACUUCGCCAUCCCUACUCCCCGACAAAAAUCCUUCCUAGUUUUUCUCUGAAGUAUGCUAUAAUAGUAAAAAACAGUCACUCAAGUACAAAAUGGCCCUGAGUUACAAUAGGUUCGCGGAUCGGCGGAUUUGACCUUAAAAAGCUCACGGAUUGUGGAUUUCGGCGAUAAAUCGAGCGGAUUCGCGGAUUUGAAAAAUACCGUGGAUCGCGGGUCAGCUGAAAGUUUGGACCGGUUGAUUGUAGCUCAAUCCGUACAAUUUAGUAAAAUUGCCAAAAAACUGAACAUAGAUUUGUGCCAAUUUUUUUUCUCACCGAAAGGAAGCACUGUCCUUAUUAAAAUCAUGAAAUAAAAAAUGGGGCUCACCGUACUCGUUUUUGCGGUAGAGCUGCAGAAAGUGCGCACCAAAUGCAUUUUCCUUGAUUUUUGAGAGAGGACUGGGGCGUGCUUCAAAAUAGAAUUUAAGCAAAAGGUGGAAGAAAGUAUUAAAAAAUCCGUUUUCACAGAAUUUACAUCGAGAUGUCACAUUUAGGACACAAUGUGAUAAAGAAAGCGUUUAAAUAAAAAUCAAAGUGAAUAAGCACAAAUUAAACAUCCACUAUCGAGGUUCUCCGUGAGGAAGUCGAACUCAGCAACACGCGAACUGCUUACGUUAUGCACAUUCCCACCACACUGAGUCUUACCUCGACAAGAAACAACCGCAAGCAAAAUUUGCAAUAGCGUUUCUCUUCGGUCAACUUCAUUUUAAUAUUGUUACUUCACAUGCUCUUUUUUACGGAGGCCAUCUUGUUAUGCGCAGUAAGAGAUGCGAAGUGCAAAACCAGGGAAUCACCUUAACGUUUUGAAACUUGAACGAAAACUUCUUAAACAUGAAGUCCCGCAUCUGUUGCGAUUACAGAACAACGAUAUUAAGUAAUUCAUUUUUUCAUGCUACAACGCUACUUUCUUUAUACCAGGAAAAAUUUUUCAAGUAACACGGAUUCGGAUUUGAACAAAAAUUAAGUCGGAUCGACGGAUCGGGCCUAAAAAUACCACGGAUCGGCGGAUUUGCAUACCCCUAUUCACCCCCCUCAUAGAAAGACAUCAACUAAUUCUGCAUUGUGGUAACAAGAACAAUAUGUUGAUGUUUUUUCCAAAAUAGACGUUUCUGGCAGCAAUGCUUUGCAGUGUUGAAAUGAUUAGGUUGGAUAAGUGCACAGGAAGCCAUGAAGCCAUUGGCAAACUUAAACAGUCUGAGAUCUUGCAACCAAACAAAGCUUUACCACAUAAUUCAUAAAUUUAUUAUAUUUCAAAAUGAAAUUAGAAGAAAAUUUAGUGCAUGGAAUGCAUGGAAAAGAGAUUAGCUUGCUCGCUUUUUUGAUUGUUGUCAAUGGGAUGUGUGUUCCACAAACGUUUGAAACUUACUUUUAUGCCAACAGAACAGCCUUGUACCUUUUCUUUCCUGUGAAGCCUGGAGCGAGGUCCUGGAGAGUGUUCACCAGUGACAACAACGCUCAAUGUACACCUUUACUGUAAUUUAUAAUUAUUACGUAGUACCGGCUAAACUUCAUUUUCCGGUUUAUGCUGUAAUCAAAGACAUUAUUUAAUAUAAAAAUAAAUAAAUAAUAAUAAUUGUUAUUAUUAAUUAGUAACUAUUUACAAAACCAUCGAAUAUCUUAAAGUUACACUGAAAGGUUGCACGCAAUGUUCAAUCACGGCUUUUCUUCACUGGUAAGCGCUUCGUCGAAAGGAUGUUACAUUAGUAAAGCUACGAGCAAACGGACGCAACAAAUCCCAAUAUUGUUGGCCUUAGAAUAUUGAGAGUUGUCUCGUCAGUGUUGGUAGUGGUGUGCAAACGGAUGCAACAACUCCCAACAACACGCAACAACAUGUAAAAGGGUGAGCAAACGGAUCCAGCAUGUAGUAUCCCAUAACGUUGCGUUCGUUUGCACGGGGCUUAAGGCUGUCUUUUAUCAUGGGAACUUUAUCUAAGUAAAGUUUUGACCAGGAUGGUUCAUAGUCAGCUCUCCUAUUCUCAUGCAUCUCAAGCUAUUUUCCUAAGGAUGAUUCUUCGGAACUUUUUAAGUCCCUUAGUCGUACGUCAUAGAGCUCCUGCCAGUGACCACUAGAUCUCACUGCUGAAGUUAGUUUCAGGGCUUUGUGGUUCUGUGCAACUGUCAGAGGUGUGCUUGUUAUUUCGAUGGAACAGAAAUGUCUCUUUCUUUCUCUUCACAUUAUAAGCAGUAAUGAGAAGUCUUUAUCCCCUUUGCUGGUAGAUGAGGAUGUCCCAUAACAUUGAAGCUUCGACGCUUCCAGACACUUCCCGCUUUUCAUUAGCCUACAUUCUCUCCGUUUGAUUUUCGCUUGUGUUUGUUAUUUCUUCAGAUUUUAAAAAGAAAUUCAUGAUGCUAGAAUGUUCUGCUAGUCUAUAAAAUUCCAGCGAUUGGCACCUUGAGACAAUGUGGUCGUUAGUAUUUUCUAAGCGCUUACCGGCGCCGAUCCUCUACAACGAUUCGAUAUCGUGAGCUGUGCCUGCACUCCGAGAACAGUUUGUCUCAUGAGUCCACUAAUGAGUCGUAUGUGGGUCCACGACAGUUGCUUUCUUUUUUUUAGGGUACUCUAGGCGUAAUUCUUUGUCUUCUCAAUUUUUGCUGCGUUCUUUAGUACUCAAAAAGUUUUCUUUCCCGUUAUUCCCUUUUUCGAUAAGUAUAAUAAGAAGCUUGAGUUCUGUUUGACAAUAUUCUGGCACACAGCCGCAAGCUGUCCUUGUUCUAUCAACGUUCGGUAACAGUUGAUGGUAUGCAUUUCAUGGAGAUAGUCUUUCAAGUUAGUUUAAGUUGGACAAGUCAGACUAAGUUCUCUAAAAAUGUCUGUAACUGCUGUUAAGCAGACCACUCACAAGCGUUGAUGCAAGAUAAAAACAAAUGGUACUGAGGAACGAAUAAAUGUUUGAAUGAAUGGAUGGAUGGAUGAAUGAAGGAAGGGGGGAACAGUACUAGUACCUUGGCCGUUGGUUAUAUCGAGGUUCCACUGUACUGACGACAGAGGCAGCGAUGCUCAGUCAUACUGUAAUCAUACAUGCUUAUGGUCGUCAUCUUAACAAUUUUUUCAUUAAUAUAAUCAUUAUUACUGCAAAGUUCACGUGACCCAUUCUAUCUUUAAUGUGUUGUUAAUGAAACAGGAUAUUUUUCUAUUUAGGACAGGGAUCAUUGAUUUUCUACAACAAGUCAGUGAAUACCGCAUGCUUUUUAACCAAUCACAACCGUCAUUUUAUGAUAUCAUUAGACACGUGAAUGCAGUUAUCGAGCCUAAGGUGCAUGCUUGAACAAUUAAAAUAAGCAUUUCCUCAAUUAAGGGAAACAGUUUUGUUUCCAAGUUAGCUUGAACAGAUUCUUACAUCAUGAUUGUAAUUAGCACAAAUUUAGGCUAUUUAGGUUUUUAAAUAAGUUCUUCGUCUUAAAUUCUGAAGAAAAAAUACAUUGUAGCCAAGAGUAUUUAGCGGUAUUCGGCUUAUUCCUUGUAUAAAAUCUGCAUACAACUACAUUGAAGUAGGAGUGAUAAGGCAUCUAUGUCUUCCAAGAGGAUCCUGAAUGUUGACUUAACUUAUUUGCCUGCCCCCAGUGUACAGAAUUUUUUAGAUAGAUUUUAGAAAAUAAGAACCUGUUUCAUAUGUUAGGCUUAACAGGUUUUCGUAUAGAGGGGACGUACCUGGCAAAAUAGCGAGUCGUUAAAACCACUGAGGGUCUUACUAUUGGAUUUUUACUGUAUACCUAAGGCUCUAACAAGUUUGCCGUAAUUACAAGCUGUAGCUGAGUAUGAUAUAUUCCCUGAUUUUUAAUGUUCUCCAACAGAAUUUGCAACAUCCAUGGCUUGUGAUAGAAGAUGCACACGUAAACCUGACAGGAGUUCUGGAAUAUUUAGAAAAAUUCACAGAGCCUGGUGACUAUAUCUGUGUUGAGGAUACAAAUCCGCUGACUCCAUACAUCUCUAAUCAAGGUCUUGUAAAGAACCUCGGUUAUGACGAGAUUGGCCCCAAUAAGCUGAAUGAGCUCAGGAAAUUUUUGACAGGUCGCGCAGAUAGAUACUCUGUGGAUCAGAAAUACACCGAUUUCUACGGGUAA